GGCCCGGCCAGCUAGCGAGCUGGGAAGGUUUGAUUUGCUUGGGCAUGAUGGCGUCGCGAGCGCCGUCUAGCACGAAUGUGAACGCCGUCCGUCCGCCUGUCCGUCCGGCUGUCCGUCCGGCUGUCCGUCGGUUGGUUCGUCCCUCGCUCCGUCGGUCCGUGUUCGUUCCUAAAUCCGUGGGUCCGUGGGCUCGUUCGUUGUCGCCUCCGUGUCCACCAACAACACAACGAGGGCUUGAGCUUUAUGAUGACGGCUUAGACUUGAGUCAAAGACCGUCAGUGUGGACUGCACCCGAUUAAGGUGUGCAUGUAAGAUAUUAAUUGAACAAGGAGAGGCAGAGAGAAGGAGAAAGACAGAGACCCGCUUAAUCGGCGAAUUAGUCGAUUUUCUUUCUCUCUUGAUUGAGAUUCAGUGUGUGCCAAAUCUCAAGUCCUCGAAGUUGUCGUUGGAACUCUUGAUCAGAUUCAAUCAGUGGCCAACACUUUUACUUGGAAUAGAAAUAUCACUUCUCAACUCAGCUGCUCAGAGAAGUGAGACCUAGUCGAUCUACUCGGAAGAAAUUCAUUACCACCGCAGCCAUCGAUACUUGAACUUCUACUUCAACAACUACUACUACUACUACUACUACUACUACUACUACAUCAGCGACCAGUUCUUCGACUAAGACGACUGCAACUUCAUCGCCGUCUAAUACCACUCCAAAAAGUGGACAAGUUGGAUCGCACCGAUUCAAAUACUUUCGUUUUGAAUUCAAAAGUUGCUGAUGAGUUCACGAGAACUGAAUACAUCAGAGUGACACGUGUUUCAGUGGAUCAUUUUUAAUGUUUUGUCCUCAUAAUGGAUGAACUUGAAUCGACGACUCCGUGACUCAAUCUUGCUCACUCAGGUUCGAUCUCAACCAUGAGUGCCAGCCUAACCCAACUCGACGCCACAGACUCCAAAUCCGAUGAAGAGAGGCCAAGCUCGAGGCUGUCGGACUCGGGGAUCGGCCGACCGGGAUCCUUCAUUGAGCAACGGGACGUCGAGAAAUUUGCGGGCAAGAUUUUGUACAAGUCUGGCUCGGCUUACAUCAUUGACGACGCUGAGCUCAAUGAUGGGGACGAGUUACCGAUCCCGAGGCCUGAUUCGGAUGAGGGAAUCCACUCGUCUCACGAUGCGUCUAUGACGGCCAUCAGCAAUGCCUUCUACAUCUCCAAAAGCUCAGCCUAUUUCAAUAGUCUGUAUGGGCAAAGCGGUGUCAAGCUCAUGCAAGAGAAGAAUGUUCUCGAGACACCUGUUGUUCACAGCUUCAAAGUUUUCACUCCGCGAGAUCAACGAGGCUCCCAAUCUGGUUCCAUGGAAGAGACCACUGACCUCAAGAAUCUGUCGCCAUUGAUGAAUUACUCGGCGGUGCCGGUAAAACCCAUAUUGAUGUGCUUCAUGUGCAAGUUGUCGUUUGCCUGCACUGAAUCAUUUGUCAACCAUUGUGCCGAAGGGGGGCACAACAUUAUCCUGAACGCUGACGAGAAGCAAAUGUUGGAAGCCAAGAACUGCUCAGCCAUUAUCCAAAACGCCGGCAAGGAGAAAAAAGAGGCCACUGUGUCUUUUCUCGAGCCUCUGAUAACCUCUAGAGAGAAAAGUCCGCUCUCACAACCACCCCUAUCCCCUGGUGCCAUAAAUAGUUCGAAUACCUCGCCCAAGACCCGGGCCCUCUUAACCAGUUCCAAAGUUCCUAACACGUCAUCCCCUUCGGCCUCAUCAGCUGAUCCUGCUUCAAUGGCAGCAAUGUUGUUGUCGGCGUCAUCGGUGGGGGCGUUGUCAUCACCACCACCACCAGCAUCAUCAUCGUCUCUCUCAUCGUCAAAAACACCUCCUGGCUCGGCCAGCAAAUUGUCACCGAUUGGCAUGGCCGAGCCCUUCUCGCCCCUUGGCGGUCAGAUGUCCUCCAGGUCUCCUCCAAUGGCACCUAAUACACCCGAAUCUCGCCUCAGUGAAGCUCCCUCGCCGAUGGCCAGCUCCCCUUUACCCGCUGUGACGACUACAAUUAGUUCCUAUCCAAACCUCCCCACCAAUGCCAAUAUGCUGCAGGGCACCACGAUUGGGGCGUGCCCCGAGCAUGUCAAUGGCCGUCCAACGGGGGUAGAGUGUUCCCAAUGUGAUCUCAUCUUAAAUCAAUCUCGCCUCAGUGGCAUGGGUUGGAACACAGCUAGAAAUUCGUGCAAAACCCUCAAAUGUCCGAAAUGUAAUUGGCAUUACAAGUACCAGGAAACCUUAGAGAUUCAUAUGAAAGAGAAACACCCUGAGAACGAAACCACGUGCAUUUACUGCAUCACAGGUCAGCAACAUCCACGUCUAGCGCGAGGAGAAACGUACACAUGCGGGUACAAGCCUUACCGUUGUGAGGUGUGCAACUAUUCCACCACCACCAAGGGCAACCUCUCCAUUCACAUGCAAUCGGACAAGCAUCUGAACAACAUGCAAGAGCUUCAAAAUAAUGGCGCUUCAACGGCAUCCACCAUGGGGACAGAUGGUACGAACAAGAUCUCGAGCUCCCCUUCGAACGUUCGACCUGGAAGUGGCUCGUCCAACUCCACUCCUCUGGCCAGUCCCAAGCAAUCGGCUCAGCAGCAUCAACAACAACACCAACAACAACAGCAGCAACAGCCACAAAAGCCAAACUUUCGAUGCGAUGUCUGCAACUACGAGACGAACGUGGCUCGGAAUCUUCGCAUUCACAUGACGAGCGAGAAGCACACCCAUAACAUGAUGUCAAUCCAACAUCAGAAUGUCUCUCAAAGCAUUCAGCAGCAAUUAUCGGCGUCGGGUAUGGGGGUACCUGGGUAUCCUUCAAUGGCAGGGCUCAUGAGUGGGAUGCAAGGCAGUUUGGAUCCCAAGCAGCUCCUUCAAUUUAGUGGACUCUUAGCCGCAUCCGGGUCCGGUGGGAAUAAGGCCGAACCGGCGGCCGUGAUGGCGGAUUUCGCCUACAAUCAAGCUCUCUUGGCACAGCUAAUGAGUGGGGGUCAAUUUCCGGGGGCUCCCCCUCCCGAUUUUGCCAAUAUGAUGGCGGGGAAUAAUGGUUUAGGGUUCCCUGGAAUUGGUGCUCCUUCUCUCAAAGAUAAUGACUCCCAAUCUGACAUGAUUGAGCCCAACCCGAAGCAUUUAUUUACUUGUUGUGUCUGUAGAAACUUCAGCUGCGAUCAAUUAGAUGACAUUUCCUCUCAUUUGUCUGAAGACCGAAGUCGCACCCGCGAGAGCGAAGUCUCUAUUGUCAUUGCGGGCAAUUAUCUUUGUCAGCUUUGCAAUUACAAGACGACACUGAAAGCGAAUUUUCAGUUACAUUGUAAGACUGACAAACAUCUUCAACGUCUGAGUCACGUCAAUCACAUCAAGGAAGGUGGCCCGAGCAAUGAAUGGAAACUCCGAUGUCUUUCCAACAUGAAUCCCGUCGAGCUACGGUGUAAUGCCUGUGAUUUUGUCACCAAUAGUCCCCACAAGCUUCAAGUGCAUGUGUCCAAUCAAGAACACCAAGUCUCAUCGGUUCUGUUCAUCCAUUUGCAAAACAAAGAGCAUGAAGCAGGAAACAAUCAAGAUGCCGUCUUGUCUUUUAAUUGUGUCCUCUGCGACUUCCAAUCCUCUGGCAAGCAUGGACUAAUGCAGCACGUCCGCACCAUGAGACAUCUUCAAAUGGAACAAGUUCACCAACUCAAGAAGAGGGCUCUGAGAAACACCAGCCAAACCGAAAUCGAGGACAUUUUCCAAGUGGCAGAUCUAGCCAACAAACACUCGCCCGAGGAGAACAAGCGGGAACAACGGGGGCUCGAGUCGUCGGGCAUGGUAGGGAAUGAUGGCGGCGAGGACGACAUUGCUGAAGAUGAGCAAGAGAUCAAGUCUAAUCUGGGCUCCAAAGAGGCUGCCUACAACUACAACCUGGACAAGUACAUGGACCCCAACCGACCUUUCAAGUGCGAGGUGUGCAAGGAGUCGUUCACGCAGAAAAACAUUUUGCUCGUCCAUUACAACUCGGUCAACCACUUGAACCGAUUAAAAAAGAGUAUAACUCAAGCUCAUCAUGAAAACAAUUCCAACUCGGGGGAGAGCGAACGGGAGCCAAACAACACGGAGCAUAAAAGGAAGCAAUCCCAGUCAAGCAUGUCCAACCAGAGGCAGAGGCUGGCCUCUUCGGAAGGCGGGGACGCGGCGGACUUGAGUUUCUCGGUCCCAGUCUCAUCACCUCGAGCGGAGAAAACCCCACCACGUGGUUCAGCCUUGGAGGCUCUUUUUGGAGGACGGCGAGACGAUGACGAGGUCAAACCGUUUAAAUGCAACAUUUGCCGAGUAGCCUACAGUCAAGAUUCUACUUUGGACAUUCACGUGAGAUCUGUUCUUCAUCAAACCAAAGCGGCCAAGUUGCAGGAUCUCAUCCUUUCGGGUCAGAUUGACUUAAGUAAGCCUCUGAUCGAGCGGCCAGACGCUCAACAGAUUCAAGAACAACACAAGAAGAUGGUGAAUGACUUGCUCAGCCCAAAGAGCGUCAACUCAACAGGAAGCACCAACUGCAAUUCUUCGCCGAAUUUAAGGGUUUCCUCGCCUAAUCGCUCUGGCUCGCCUCAAAGUAGUCCUCUCGCGAAUUUGCACGCAUUGAUGACCGCUAAGAACAACGGAUCACCCAACGAAAGCUCAUCUGAUGAGUCAUCCUCAAUGAUUACUAAUCUCGCCAAGACGUUUCUGCCCGGUUUGGUACAACAAUCUCAAGACGAAAAGGAUGACAAAAGACCCUCACCGGUUCUCAAGAACUUGUUGCAACACUACGGACUGGACUUUGUCAAGCAGUUUUCGGAUUUCCAAGGCAAGCCAGAGGAGGAUAAGGACGACGUAGAACGAGGACGAGGAACGCCCAACUCUGAGAGAUCCCAAUCGCGUCCUCCAUCGGUCGCUCCUCAGUCUCAAGGUGGGAAUCUAACGGAGGUUCAAGAGGCUUUACAAAAGGCCAUGAUUCAAUCCCAGCUCCAACACAUGAAUCCCAUGCUAAUGCAAAUGAGUCAAAUGAAUCCGCUUUUAGCCAUGAAUUUGACGCCCCCGCUGCUCCCACCUUCGAUGAUGAAAGCUGGAGGAGGUUUGCAAGAUCUGCAAGCGGCUCUCUUGUCUCAAAUGCAUCAAAACACGCAGCAUCUUUUGGGUCAGCAAGUUGGGAAUCAAAACCCUUUCUUACCAAUGGGCUUGGAUCCCAAACUUCUAGCUUUAAUCUCAUCUAACAAGCAACCGACUGAUUUAAGCUCUGACUCCUCUUCAAAUUUACCGCAGAUGGUGGGUCGUUCGCCCUCCUCCGGAAAUACAAAAGAGUCGCCCAUCUCCAACUUUGGCAAGCCUCCUCCGACUUCUUUGCCCGACCCCAAAACUCUGCUCAUGCAACAGCAGCCCGUGCCCGUCGAUCAGGGCAAGAGAGCCAGAACUCGCAUCACGGACGAACAACUGAAGAUUCUCCGCUCCAACUUCGACAUCAACAACUCCCCAUCUGAAGAUAUGCUCAAUCUCAUGGCACAACAGACAGGGUUGCCAUUGAAGGUGAUCAAGCAUUGGUUUCGAAACACUCUGUUCAAGGAGCGUCAGAAGAAUAAGGACUCCCCGUACAACUUCAACAACCCACCCUCGACCAAAUUGAAUUUGGAAGAAUAUGAAAAGACAGGGGAACCCAAAGUGACCCCACUUAAUCUUGAAGACCAAGCUGCUUACGUCCGUGAGUCAGUGACAAAGAAAGAAGACAUCAAAACCGAGCCCCUUGGUCACGAUGAGUCGGAGGACAUGAAGCCUUGUCCCUCGUCCCCCGGUAACAACACACUCGUUCGUCCCUCCAGUAAUAGUGAUCAUAGUGCAGAAGAUUCUAAUGCAACCACUACUAACAAAGUUCCUAAUAUAAACAUUGAGAGUUCCUCAAAUUUUGCUUCCACUGUUACCCCCACCACUGUCUCGGGAAACAGCCUCACAUUAUCCAAGCUUCUUUCCUCUCAAAUGGGCCAGCUGGCUCCCACCAACAACCUAUUGCCAAACUUUCCUGCAUUUCCCAACACCACCAACAGCCCCAUGCCCCCCACAAGUAUGCCCGAUUACUUGAAUAGUUUUGCCAGUCGUUUGGGACAGGGUGGACCCAGCGAGAUGACCUCGCCUCGAGCUCAGAGCCCGCAAAGCAUUCCAUCUUCCACAGGGAAGCGGGCAAAUCGCACACGCUUCACAGACUACCAGAUCAAAGUUCUGCAAGAGUUCUUUGAAAACAACGCUUAUCCCAAGGAUGACGACUUGGAGUAUCUCUCCAAGCUUCUGGGUCUCAGUCCACGGGUGAUUGUCGUCUGGUUUCAAAAUGCGCGACAAAAGGCCCGUAAAAUCUACGAAAAUCAGCCUGCUUCUGAAGGGAACAACGGUGGCACGAACACCCCGGCCCCGCCCAACAACAACUCAAAUCAGAGCUCAGACGAAGGAGACAAUACCCGCUUCAACAAGAAAGAAGGCUGCAACUAUCAAUGCAAGAAGUGCAUGUUAAUUUUCCAACGCUACUACGAGCUCAUUCGUCAUCAAAAGCAACACUGCUAUAAAGAAGAGGACGCCAAGCGUUCUGCCCAGGCACAAAAGGCUGCAGCUCAAGCUGCUGCUCAAUUUGGGGGCACGAAUGGUUCCAAUUUUAUUCAACCACCCGCCUCAGAAGACAGCAAUUCGAGUUUGGACCAUCGCAGCAUCGCGUCCCCAUUCCCACAUUCCAAUGAGGUCACCAACAAUGCAAAGGGCGGAAACGGAUCCGCCGAAGACCCUCGCCGAGAUCAUCAGCAGUUCUCAGAUUUAACAAAGGACGCCGUUAACCGAAUGUUUACGUCAGGUGGAAGCUUCUUGAAUUAUGCCCCAAACUCGCCGUUUGGUAUACUCCAACAUCAGGCCCUCCAACAGCAGUGCCAACAACAGUCGCAGCACCCUGCUAAUCCAGUCCCAUCGGAUAACGCAAUGGAUGGAGAUGAAAUGGACAAUGAGAGCAUCGAGAGUGCUCCUUCCUCCACAAAGAGGAAACUGUCAGAGGAGGGCGAUUUGGGCGAUGAGUCGGCACAUAAGCGUUUAAGGACAUCCAUUUUACCCGAGCAGUUGGAUUUUUUAUACCAAAAGUACCAACUCGAAAACAAUCCGAGCCGAAAAAUGCUGGAACGGAUUGCUAGCGAAGUUGGCUUAAGAAAGCGAGUUGUUCAGGUCUGGUUCCAAAACACGCGUGCCAGGGACAGAAAAGGCCAGCUAAAGCCUCCCAUGCCUAAUCAGCCCAUGUCGAUUGCCGUGUCCAACUCUGAUGAGGACGAGGACAAAGAUCGCCCGUCAUUGCCAGAGUCUCCUUUCCUUGUGUCUGAUCAAAUUGCAUCGCUCAUUCCGAACUCAACAUCAGCUUACAACCUCCAGAACUCCAUGCGCAAAUACUACGAGGACACUAUGAAGCGCUUCAUGAAUGACAUCAACGAUGCCAAUGUGCGAAGCGGGUUGGCAGCCGCAGCUGCUGCUGCUCCCCUGGCUGCUGUUCAAUUGGAAUCCUCGCCUGCCUCCAUGCAGCAAGCUCUGGACUUGACAUCCAAUUUCGACGACUCAUCCGAUCAUCAGGAGGACUUCGACCCCAACAAAAGCUGCGACACCGAUUCCAAUCAUGGCGGAGGCUCAAAGCGUUUUCGAACCCAAAUGUCCAGCGUCCAGGUGAAAAUGAUGAAAGGCAUUUUUGAGGCCUACAAAACUCCCACCAUGACGGAAUGUUCAAAUCUAGGCCAGGAAAUCGGCCUUCAGAAGCGAGUGGUUCAAGUUUGGUUCCAAAACGCCAGAGCAAAGGAAAAGCGAGCCAAAAUGCAACUCCAACAAGCCACUGGUCAAGACACCGAUGGGAACUCAGUCCCCACUCCUGAGGAGUGUAAAGUCUGCGGGAUUAAGUAUGAGCAAAAAUUUGCUGUACAAGAUCAUCUCUUCACGAAGGACCACCUGAUGCGUUUACGAGUGGCUAUUGAAAAUGGAAAAUACGACCCAGAGUCGCCUGGGCACAACAUUUCCCAAUCAGCAGCACUUAUCCAGGGAGGCCAAAGAACACCUUCCUCGGACUCGGCUAAUCAGUCGCUACAAAUGCUUCAAAUGACAACGCAAGUGAACAACAGAGAGCUUUUGGACAAGAUCGCAUCUCAUCAAAACAAUCCUCGAAUGUUGAUGCAAGUCUAGUUUGGCUUGCUUGGGGCCAAUUUAGGCUUCCCCUCCAAUCCAAUCUGACGGCCUUUGCUGUGUCGAGUAAUCAAAAUAACCAUUCGGCUGACACUGAGUCCCAUGAAAUAAUUGUUAAAUGUUGUGUGCAAAAGAAAAAAAAUACCACUCUCAUUUCCCCAUUCAAAGCCCAUUUGAUACUAGGUAGAGAAGCAAAUGCGUAGACAUCUUCUUUUGGCAAUACAAAAGUGUUUUUGAACCCGAUCGUUGCUGUGAUUGACAGCUGUCUGAGUCCGUACUGGGCCCCUUUCGAAGGUUGAAAAGGUCCCCCCAAAAUACAUUGGAUAUGGCCAGUAAAUCUUGGAAAAUGCUUGGAAGCAAAAUAAAUUUAAAGCCAUUCAAUGAUAUGAAUAUUUGACUAUUGCUGAAGCUCUUUGCUACCGUGACUUCAGCAUGAUUGUUUUUUACAUUAUACCUCGUGCACACGCUCUCAAUGCACUGACGGUGUUAAUUACUGCUCUUGUCAUACAAUCGCUGCCCAACCUACCAACCAACCAACCAUCCUUUCUCUCCUCCUCACGCCCCAUUUUCCUCGACCCACUGUUAUUAUAGAUGACCAUGAUGAUAAUAAUAAUUACCACUCCUAAUAUUAGUACAUCAAUAUCUAUAGUUAUCAUUAUGCAUAACGUGAAUGAUUCAUUUUUUUCUAUUCUACAUGCAGUAGAGCUACCAUGACGAUACAGACUGGCAUAACCAUUAGUAAUUCCCAGUUGAAUUCCAAAUGCUAAAUAAACGUUUACAAGAAUUUUCAACCUGA